AUGUGCCCGGUCACUCGCUGCAGCUUCCUGAGGUUCAUCUUGCUGGCCGCCUGUGGCUGCAAGGCAGCUACUGCUUUUCCCAACGCCUCGCCGCUACUCAGCCAGAACUGGGGAAACACAGACAGACUCUUGCACCUGUACACGUCCACAGCAAGAAACAGCUUCCACCUGCAAAUCAACUCCAAUGGCCAUGUGGAUGGAAGUCCUCACCAAACCGUUUACAGUAAGUACCACUGAAAGGUUGAGGGGAGCUGGGAGCUGUUUCUCUCAGUUUCUCAUUUUUCCAGUAAUAAAUUCAGUUCACUGCAUUACUACGUCGCUUGCCUUUUUUUUUUAAAGUCCUCGUGAAAAUUUGCCAGCAUUUUAAUCCGCAUUUCUCCUCAUCCACACAUUUCCCCAAGCAAUUUACGAUUCAUUUCUGUAUGUUGUUUUCAUUUCAUCUAUGCAUUCUUACAAAAACUAACCCCCUAACGGUUUGUGAACUGCUUUGGGGUUUUGUUCUUUGUUUCUUUUACAAUCGAAAGGCGUAUAAACUUUAUGAAAUAAAUCGAUGGCAACAUAAGCUAUUCCGUGCACGUUAUUUGCUUGGAGAACUGUGUGGCAAAGUUUGGAGAAGUGCGGAUUGUGAAGGGCAGAUUUCUUUGAGUUUGCAUAUAGUUUGGUAAGGUGCGAACUGCGGAGGUUUGCAAUAAAAAUGUGACCUAAAACGACAUUCCCUCCAUCCUGCCCCUCCAGAGGAAGAAUGCUGGGAAUAAACAAGGGAAAAUGGGCUGCCUUCAUUUGCUGUUAGUGGCUUCCUAUAAGUAUUAGUAUAACAGCUGCAUUAUCCAGUCCACUAUUAAUCCCAUUUUAGGUGGAAAAACAUGAAGCCCAGAGCUGCUCUCUAGUCCUAAUGUUUAAUAUGGAGAUUUAAUAUUUCAAUAUCUGUAAAAGUGGCAGACUUAUUAGAAAGAGAACGUGCCCAUGGUUUGUUUUCAUUAAGAAAAACCAGAAACUGAGCUCUAAUUAAAAGCACGAUUCAGUCAAAAAAUAAACAUCAACUGCAUCGUGCCUUAAAUUUCAAAUAUAUACAGAAUCGGAUUUAUUCAUUCCUUUCACUGCAGAGAAAUUGAAGCACAGCUUUGCAUAGAGGACAGGGAGCGUUUCCUGGACACGUCUGCAUUUUCCAGAUUUUAGGGGGAAUUAGAACCUGUAUUUUGUAAGUGGAAAUAUUCAUUCCACAAGCGGGGACCCACUAUAGAAAAGGGCUGUUCUCGUGAUGUCUCCAGACCAGGGGCCUUGGAGGAAAUUGGUUUUCUAGAUCCAUUUCAACUGGGGUUUAGGCCUGGUUUUGACAGAAGGAGGCACGCAAAGAAAGGCCCCAAAGGAUGAGUGCAGGGUCGGGGCCGGUUCAUAUCACGAGAGGCUUGGAUAUUUCGGUUCUGAGCUAUUUAUGGCUUUAUAGCUCAAAACCAGCACUUUGAAUUGGGCCCGGAAACUAAUCGGCAGCCAGUGCAGUUGGGCCAGGAUUGGUGUAAUAAGCUCAAACAAUCGGUCCAGAAAGAUACCAUAGUUGAUGGUAUCAAAAGCCGCUGAGAGGCUGAGGAGAAUUAACAAGGACACGUUUCCCAUGUCUCUCCAGACAGAGGUUCUCAUACAAGGUGACCAAAGCAGUUUCUGUGCCAAAGCCAGACCUAAACCCCAAUUGAAAUGGAUCUAGAAGACCAGUUUCCUGCAAGACAUCUGGAUCAGGUCCACAACCACCUGCUCAGAAACCUUGCCUAAGAAGGGGAUAUUGGCAACUGGCCAGUAGUUACUUAGAUUUUCCAAAUCUAGGGAGGGCUUCUUGAAGAAUGGUUUUUACCAUUUCAAACAGGCAGGGGCAACCAAAUCUUGCAAGGAAGCAUGCAUACACACAUACACAGAUUGGGGCAGAGGUAUUGUUUAGGGGUUUUUGUUGGGGGUGGGAGUUGUUAAUUUUUUAUAUCUUUAUUUUGGAUCUUAUGAUUUAUGUGAAAAAAAUUCAAUUCGGUUGUGUACUCGAUGUUUUGUUCAUGACUACUUCUGUUACAAUGGAUGCGGGUGGCGCUGUGGGUUAAACCACAGAGCCUAGGACUUGCCGAUCAGAAGGUUGGCAGUUCAAAUCCCCGCGACGGGGUGAGCUCCUGUUGAUUGGUCCCUGCUCCUGCGAACCUAGCAGUUCGAAAGCACAUCAAAGUGCAAGUAGAUAAAUAGGUACCGCUCCAGCGGGAAGGUAAACAGCAUUUCCGUGCGCUGCUCUGGUUCACCAGAAGCAGCUUAGUCAUGCUGGCCACAUGACCCGGAAGCUGUAUGCCGGCUCCCUUGGCCAAUAAAGCGAGAUGAGCGCCGCAACCCCAGAGUCGGUCACGACUGGACCUAAUGGUCAGGGGUCCCUUUACCUUUACCUUUUACUUCUGUUACAUUUAUAGUUACGUAAUUUUGCGUGUGUUGUAAGCCGUCUUGAGCAUGGUUUGAACUUUGGAAAGGCGGCAUACAAAUAAAUGAUUGAUUCUUUGCUUUUCCACGGGGUCUAGCAAAAAGGGAGAUGUGGUGUGAUGCCUCAAGAUCAAUGAACUUGCCAGAGUAGGUGAAAAGUUUUUAAUCAGCCAAUCACUUUUUGCCUUAGCAUUCCUUCGCUCGAUAUGUACGUUCAUACUUAUCUUUGGAUAAGUGAAUAAUAAUAAUAAUAAUAAUAAUAAUAAUAAUAAUAAUUUAUUAUUUAUACCCCGCCCAUCUGGCUGAGUUUCCCCAGCCACUCUGGGCAGCUCCCAAUCAAGUGUUAAAAACAGUACAGCAUUAAAUAUUAAAAACUUCCGUGAAGAGGGCUGCCUUCAGAUGUCUUUUAAAGAUAGGAUAGCUGCUUAUUUCCUUCACAUCUGAAGGGAGGGCGUUCCACAGGGCAGGUGCCACUACCGAGAAGGCCCUCUGUCUGGUUCCCUGUAACCUCACUUCUCGCAAUGAGGGAACCGCCAGAAGGCCCUCGGCGCUGGAUCUCAGUGUCCGGGCUAAACGAUGGGGGUGGAGACGCUCCUUCAGGUAUACAGGACGGAGGCCAUUUAGGGCUUUACCAACACUUUGAAUUGUGCUCGGAAACGUACUGGGAGCCGAUGUAGGUCUUUCAAGACCGAUGUUAUGUGGUCUCGGCAGCCGCUCCCAGUCACCAGUCUAGCUGCUGCAUUCUGGAUUAGUUGUAGUUUCCAGGUCACCUUCAAAGGUAGCCCCACAUAGAGCGCAUUGCAGUAGCCCAAGCGAGAGAUAACCAGAGCAUGCACCACUCUGGCGAGGCAGUCUGUGGGCAGAUAGGGUCUCAGCCUGCGUACCAGAUGGAGCUGGUAGGCAGCCGCCCUGGACACAGAAUUGACCUGCGCCUCCAUGGGCAGCUGUGAGUCCAAAAUGACUCCCAGGCUGCGCACCUGGUCCUUCAGGGACACAGUUACCCCAUUCAGGAACAGGGAGUCCUCUACACCUGCCUGCACCCUGUCCCCCAAAAACAGUACUUCUGUCUUGUCAGGAUUCAACCUCAAUCUGUUAGCCGCCAUCCAUUCUCCAACCACACUUAUAUGCUAUAUGCACUUAUAUGCUAUAUGGGAGGCUUAGAAUCAUAGAAUUGUAGAGUUGGGAGGGGCCAUGAGGGUCAUCUAGUUCAACCCCCUGCAAUGCAUGAAUCUUCUUGCGCAACGUGGGGCUCAAACCCACAACCCUGAGAUUAAGAGUCUCCUGCUCUACCGACUGAGCUAUCUCCAGAGCAUCAGACAGGACCAGAAAUGAUAAUUCUUGUCCUGUACUUGCAACACGUGUAGCUUCCCAAUCAUCAAAAUACAAUACAGUGGUACCUCGGGUUAAGUACUUAGGUAAUUCAUUCCGGAGGUCUGUUCUUAACCUGAAACUGUUCUUAACCUGAAGCACCACUUUAGCUAAUGGGGCCUCCUGCUGCCACUGCGCUGCCAGAGCCCGAUUUCUGCUCUUAUCCUGCAGCAAAGUUCUUAACCUGAAGCACUAUUUCUGGGUUCGCGGAGUGUGUAACCUGAAGCGUAUGUAAUCUGAAGCGUAUGUAACCUGAAAUACCACUGUAGUUACAACCAAGCUGGUACACCAGUGGCAACAUGAAUCUAGCUAUCCAAUUUAUUCAAGCUAUCCAAGUGUGUAGCCAGGAACAGCUCAUUCAGGGGCAUCUUACCCAUAGAGGCUAGUGGCGCAGAGCGCUGGGGUGCCAUGUUCUGGAGGGCACCAGGGCUGAACGCGGCACCUCCCAGCAUCCGCUCACAACCGUCGCCUGCCUCCGCCAUGCAGUGCCGAAGCAGCGCCACGCCCGGAGCCUCCAUCUGUCAUGGCCACCACUGCACAAAGUGGCCAGCUGAGCCGGGAGGUGCCGCGUCCAGCCCUCGCCUCUUCUCCGCCAGAGCCACCCUCCAGCCGCUGCCCACCUCCUCCAGCCCCUCCAACAGCGCCGUCCUCCCUAAAAUAUUCUGGAAAAUGGGGGGGCAGAGGGAGCUUUGCACCACGGUGCCGGAUAUGCUUAAGACGGCCCUGAGCUCAUCUAAGCUCCCGUCUUGUCUGCUCUCCUCAGCACUCCCCUCUCAACAGGCAGCUAACACGCUAAUAAUAAUAAUAAUAACAACAAUAAUAAUAAUAAGAAAUAAUUUAUGAUUUGUACCCUGCCCAUCUGGCUGGGUUUCCCCAGCCACUCUGGGCGGCUUCCACAAAAACCAAAAAUACACUAAUAUGUCAUACAUUAAAAACUUCCCUGAACAGGGCUGCCUUAAGAUGUCUUCUGAAUGUCAAGUAGUUGUUUAUCUCUUUGACAUCUGAUGGGAGGGCGUUCCACAGGGCGGGUGCCACUACCAAGAAGGCCCUCUGCCUGGUUCCCUGUAACUUGGCUUCUCGCAGCGAGGGAACCGCCAGAAUGCCCUUGGCGCUGGACCUCAGCGUCCGGGCAGAACGACGGGGGUGGAGACACUCCUUCAGGUAUACAGGACCGAGGCCGUUUAGGGCUUUAAAGGUCAGCACCAAAACUUCCUUAGACUUUGUCGUCAGGGGAGACCCAUCGUCUCCAGAAGAGCAGGAGGUGGCGCUGGCGCCCUCAUUGCUCCCUGCAGGGAAUGACACCAAAGGAAGUUGGCUGGAUCAUACCCAUUUCAAAAAAAAUUAUAUGGGAGGCUUAUAAAAGAAGAAAGCUUGCAAAACAUGUAGCCAAUGCAGACAACACUGCCUGUUUAUUCCAAGACAAAGAGUAUUUAAGGGCAUAACUAGACAAGGCAACAGAGAUCUGUGACUGGAGGGGGGGCGGCUGGGGCAUUUCUCAUACUGCAGGGGACCUGCAUGAAAUGAGUGGAUGUUCAACCUGAGUAUUGCUAUCAGCUAUCUGAUCUGAACCUUCCAUGUUCUUCCUUAUUUAUUUACUUUAGUCAAAGUAUUUCUAGAACACACUUUCUUAUAAAUAUUGCAAGAAGAUACACAACCCAAGAAUGCAAUACGGUGGUACUUUGUGUGUUGAACGGCUUGGGUCCCGAACAAAUCGGCUCCCAAAUGUCACAAACUCGGAAGUGUUCCGGUUUUCAAACGUUUUUUGGAAGCCGAACGUCCAACGCUGCAGGAAGCUCCUGCAGCCAAUCGGAAGCCGCACUCUGGCUUUCCAACAGUUCUGGGAGUCAGACUGACUCCCAAAAUAGAUAAAGUUGGACAGCCAAGGCACCACUGUACUAAAAGCAACAUAAAUGCCAAACAGACCCAUAAAAGCAGGCUGAGUGUUUUAUUUAUUUCUUCUCCACUGGGAGAGGCUGCCUUUUGUGGGCCAUUUUAUUCAUUCAUUCAUUCAUACAUACAUACAUUCAAUUUGUAUACCACCUUUCAUCUGAAGAUCACAGGGCAGUUCAUAACAUAUACCAUCGACCCUAUUAUGGGGAAUGUUUUGUUGAGAUGUCAUUGGUGUGAAUUGCUAAGGUUUUUUUUGACAGUUAGGUGAGACCCUCCUCUCCGAUCUUAGCACUUAAGAGAUCUAGACUGACAAUAGGUUUGGUUUGCUCAAAAUGUCCUCAUGGGCCAAUUUCAGAGGCCUGCCAGGACUAAUUAGGGUGGAGGUACAGAAGCUCCACUGGGACGCGGGUGGCACUGUGGGUUAAACCACAGAGCCUAGGACUUGCUGAUCAGAAGGUCAGCAGUUGAAUCCCCGCGAUGGGGUGACCUCCAGUGGUUCGGUCCCUGCUCCUGCCAACCUAGCAAUUUGAAAGCACGUCAAUGUGCAAGUAGAUAAAUAGGUACCGCUCCAGCGGGAAGGUAAACGGCGUUUCCGUGCGCUGCUCUGGUUCGCCAGAAGCGGCUUAGUCAUGCUGGCCACAUGACCCAGAAGCUGUACGCCGGCUCCCUCGGCCAAUAAAGCGAGAUGAGCGCCGCAACCCCAGAGUCGGUCACGACUGGACCUAAUGGUCAGGGGUCCCUUUACCCUUUACCUUUACAGAAGCUCCACAUUGCAGUCCUAUAGCCUUGGGGGCUGUUCUGUUCUUCAGACAGUCUAGAGCUGGUUGCUGGUUAGGGGGUACAUACUGAGUGCUCCCACUCCAUAACCAAGUUGACUGGUUGGCAUCCAUCUGUCUCAGGAGACAAUGAAGGAGUGUGCCUUUGGGAAUGAGGUCAAACUGUUGGCGGGUUACGGUGCCUGCUGUGGCUGUAGAGAUGGGAUGUAGGCGAGACAUGUUUUGUUGCAGCCGGGGCAGAGGAAGAUGCCUAGCUGUGCUGCUGCAGAUGCACCAUGACACUUAUUCUCUCUGCGCUCUUCCCAGUGGUCAUUUCUCCUCUGGUCACUGCUGUGGAUGUAUGACCUGACUGCCCGUCGCCAGGCACUGCGGUCAUCUGCAAGGGAUUCUCGCAUGGCAGGGUUAAUGCUGCCAGCCUUAAUCUCACGUUUGCAGUCAUCUUUGUAACACAAGAGUUGGUUUGCCAAUUCGCCAGCUCCUCGUACGGCACAUUUCAGCAUGUACAGAAGUAUAGCAUUACAUAUAAAUAUUAGCAUACAUAUUGUAAACCAAAUUCGAAAUGAAGUGAUAGCAUAACAGAUUACACUCUCUUUCCUUAGAACUUUCCUGUUCCGAUUAAAAUUGUGGGCAAACCUUUUCGCCAUACCUCAACUAAAAAAUGGAAGGGUUAGCCAGAUAACUCAUAAUACUUUGGGACUGGGUCUUGCCCUAUGGCCACCAGAUGGUCAUCUUUGGUUUACGGCAUUAAAUUAUCUUCUAAUGUUUAACCAUUUAAAUUUCAGGUGCCCUGAUGAUCAAAUCUGAAGGUGCAGGCUAUGUGGUGAUAAAUGGCGUAAAAACUGGGCGCUUCCUCUGUAUGGAUAUUAAUGGCAAUAUCUUUGGAUCGGUGAGUUCUCAUAUGAAUUUUUCUGGCAUCUUUCAAGUGGUGCCACAUGCCACAACAGCCAAAGUGUGAUUCUUUAACUUGGAAAUGCAAUAAGCCAGUUCUGCUGCACUUCUAAGGAAACCAUUGUCUUUUACCCUUUCACUUAUGCCUGGGAUAUCAUUUUCCUUCAGGCCCCUGCAGUUCUUACGAGACACAAUGAUUUAUGAAGGAUGUCCCACAUUUCUUUCUGCCUGCACAACACCACUGGCAUGCCACACCUGUGCUACAGACAACACAGAGGGCUGCACAAUUUGCCCUCUUCAGUUUGAUAUUGUGAAACCCAGGGCUUUACAUAACUGUGAGGCUGUUAACCUAAGAAUAGGUAAAGGUAAAGGGACCCCUGACCAUUAGGUCCAGUCGUGACCGACUCUGGGGUGGCGACACUCAUCUCGCUUUAUUGGCCGAGGAAGCCGGCGUACAGCUUCUGGGUCAUGUGGCCAGCAUGACCAAGCCGCUUCUGGCGAACCAGAGCAGCGCACGGAAACGCCGUUUGCCUUCCCGCUGGAGUGGUACCUAUUUAUCUACUUGCACUUUAACGUGCUUUCGAACUGCUAGGUUGGCAGGAGCAGGGACCGAGCAACGGGAGCUCACCCCGUCGCGGGGAUUCAAACCGCCAACCUUCUGAUCGGCAAGCCCUAGGCUCUGUGGUUUAACCCACAGCGCCACCCGCCAAACUUGGAAGAUGUGAACUCUCUUUCCACCCACAAAUAUGCACACAAUCUUGGCAAUCACUCAAACAACGGCCAAUCUGCACGUUCCUCAACAAGUAUUUCAGAUCAAAGUAUGCUGCUUUAUAUCAGGGAUGGAGAAGCUUUGGGGCAGGCAAGAGGGGGCGCAUCUUUAUUUAUCUCUUCCCCUGAAGACCAACGGCUUAGUCAUGCUGGCCACAUGACCCGGAAGCUGUACGCCGGCUCCCUCGGCCAAUAAAGCGAGAUGAGCGCCGCAACCCCAGAGUCGGUCACGACUGGACCUAAUGGUCAGGGGUCCCUUUACCUUUACCUAAGACAACCCAUCUGCCCAUCACCUUAUGACAUAAUGACAUCAGAUAAUUGUCCAGUGGGUGGUCUAGUCCACUGGUCGAUGUUUUAUUGAAACUGCUGCUAAAAAGGAGCUUUUCCUUUCCAUUUUAGCAGUUGUUUAAAUGCAAACCACUCUGUGCUCCUGGAACAAGGCCCACUCCCACUACACCAGCAAGAAGAUGCCAGGGCAGCUGGGCACUGUUUGCAAGGAAUAGUUCUAUGGGCCAAAGUGGUACCCCUGCCAAGCCACAUUUGGCUCAUGAGAUGGAGGUUCUCACCCCUGCUUUAUAUCUUUAUUCACUGCAAAAAAGUCCAGGUGUCCAUUUAUUAAAUGGUAGCUUAUCACGGGACAUAUAACCAUUUGAUAAAGCUUAGUUAUCACACUUUAAAAAAAGGAUUUCAUAACUUUUCUGCUUCUGUGGAUUUCUGAUCCCCUCCCCCCAGCAUUAUUUGUUUUGAAUGUGGUAUUUUUCUGCGCAGAAUCUGGAUUUAUUUUUUAUUUUGUGUUAUUUUUGGUAAAGGUAGAAGGGUUAUCACUUGGAGAGGGAAAAUAAGUAAAAACAAAGAACCACUGACAAUGCAGUGGGAAAGACUAAUAACUCAUGAGUUCAAAUGUUUUAGAUGUGAAUGGUUUGGAAGGUACCAAACAUCUCACAAGCUGUAAUCUGUCAAACAGUAACACUGUUAUCUAUAAAAUACUGCCAAUGCUAAUUCCAUUGCACAUGCAAUUAAAAAUACUAAAAUAAAAAAUGUUGAAAUCAAAUAUCGUAAAGACAUUUAGACAUACCAAAUAUGUGGUAAGAACCCGGACACCAUUCAACAUCUGAGGCAGAGAAUUCUGAUGAGCAUUUUCCACUCGAAUGUUAAUACUGUUCUGAUUGUGGUUCUUGUUUCUUCCUUCAGCACUUCUUCACUUAUGAGGACUGCACUUUCAGACAUUGGACCCUGGAAAAUGGCUAUGAUGUCUACCAGUCUCCCAAGUACAACUAUCUCGUCAGCCUAGGAAAAGCUAAGCAACCUUUAUUCCCCGGUAUGAAUCCACCACCGUACUCCCAAUUCUUGGCCAGAAGGAACGAAAUUCCUUUAGUCCAAUUCAACACACCAAAACCUAGCAGACAUACGAGAAAUGCGAGUGCCGAUCCCUGUGGCAGUAUCAUAUCAGCCGGAAACCUCUCUGACAACCCAAAGGCGCAAUCAUCCACAUAUCAUGAUGUAGAUGAUUCACAUGCCGAAAAUGGAGACCCCAACGGUGCAACGUUCAGCAGGUGGUUUUCAAGCCCUAGGACUGAUAUCAAAACCUGAACCAAUCUGUAACAGUAACC